UUCAUUAUAAAUAAAAACAAUUUUUGUUUAAAAAAAAAUUGACAAAAGUUUCUUAGAAACCGAAAAAAUGGAAAGUUUUACUGGUAAUUGUACUAAAAAGAUGGUUGCACGCUACGAGGCACAUAAGAGCUCCGGAUAUUGUGCAAAAGGAUUUAAAAAAGAUGCUGUCACUUUGCUGGAAUUGUUUUAUAAUAUGAAAACAUUAAAGUAUCAAGAUUUUUGUGAAAUUUGGAAAAAAAUGCACUUUAUUUACAUUUAUUGUGGACGAAAUAUAAAGAGUGAAGUUAAAGAAUUUACUGAAGAAGUCCUUCAUACAGCAAAAGAAUUAGCUAUUAACAUAAAUAAUGAAUUCUCUAAGCGAGUUGGUGCAUUAUAUUUGUUAUAUGGACUCUAUUUCUUGCAGCCGGUGGAUACAUCCUGUAAAAUUCGAAUGACACCAGAAAAUUUUAACAUUUAUUUAAAUUUAAUAGAUCAAUUACGAAUUUGUAAGCAAUUAGAUGCAUUAUAUAUCGGUUGCAAAUUGAUAGUGAGUCGUUCUUUUUAUUUUGUUGUAACACCACAUAAUUAUGGAUUACAUCGAUCAUUUCGAAAAUAUCAUGAUCAAACAAUCAAUAUUUUGAAUGUAGACACAUUUUCAUUGGCAACACAAACCGAAAGUAUUACAGUUAAAAAUGGAUUGGUGGACGCAUUAAAUCAACUUAAUGAAAAAUAUUAUCAAACUAAAUGUGUAUUACCAGGUGCUGUAAACAUGGAACCAGAAGCAUCUUUAAAAUUAGUUGAUCCAAAUAUUGGUUCUAAGCUUUUAGCCAAUUUAGAACAAAUGUCUACUUUAGAUAGUGAACCAUCAACAAGUCAACUAUCGGAACAGUCAGAUCUUGAAGAUGAUGAUGAAUUUGAGGAAAAGAAUGUUAAAACAAAUGUUAAAAUAAAUAAAACAUUGUUAAGUAAACGACGUAAAUUAAUAAAACGAGCAUUUACAGCUAAAGCUGAUAGAAAAAUUAUCCAGCGAUCGAAAAGAUCCAAACUAAAAGGUCGUAAGAAAAAGGAGGUCUAAAAACAGUGAUUAUUAUAUAAAAAUUUUAAAAUUAUGUCGCAAAACUGUUAGAAUUUCAAAGAAAAAACUACGAUAUUUACCGAAUGCCUUUUUUAAGGUAACUUAGGCUGAAUACAAUUUUAUUUUAAGAAAAUCUUAAUGAUUGAAGAAUUGUACAAAAAAGAAUGUGAAUUUUUAAGUUUCAAACUAAUUACAAGUUGUUAAACAAUCGCAAGAGAAUGAAAUGUGUAUAAUUGAAAACGGGAAUUAUUUUAGUUUCCACAAAAAAGAAUUGAAUGGAAAAAAGUGUGAUGGAUUAAAUUUAAGUUAUUAUAUACACUGUGAUAAAAUAAACGUAGUAUUAAAUUAAUCUAAAGGCUGUUCCAUAAUGUCCGUAUGUCUUUAUUUAAAAAACACUGGUCAACAAAUAUUAGAUAGUUGAUGGUCAACGAAUAUUUAUCAUUUUAAU